UUUUUCGCAUGGGCAUGCGCUGAGAGUUUUUCCCCUUGGUGGUUAGCGACAACAUCCAGCUCCAACAUGCUUCGCAAAUUGAUCGGUCAGAAAUACUUUUCCAUCACGAAAACAUGGGUUCCAACGUUGGCGUUGUGGGGUUCAGUUGGAGGGGUGGCAUUGGUACACUUCACUGACUGGCGUUUGAUCUUGGAUUAUGUACCAUACGUCAGCGGCAAAUUCAAGAACGAGGACUAGAGGCAUUUGUGUGGAUGAAGGUCAGUCUGUGCUGUCAGAGACAGGCCGAGAGAGAUGGGGAGAGUGUGACCAGACCAUCAGGCACCAUGACUCAACUCCACACCAGGACAAAGAGAAGAAGACCACUGCUUUCACCCUUUUCAAUCAAUUUAAAUUGACUUUUCAUCCUGAUUUUGACAUGUUUUUGAAAUAACUUUGCUGUGCAUUUUAUUUGUCUUUUUUGAUGAAAUUGCUCAGCCAUUGGAAUGACAUGGAGGAAAUAGAAAUACAUGUAUUGAGAAAUUAACAUCUAUCUUAUGUUUUUAUUAUAGUUUGAUUGAAUUCUGUCAUUUUACAGCCAACUGUACUUUUCAGGGUCAGUUAACUCAAUUAUUGUUUCGCACUGGUUUUAACGUUGUUUGAUUUUCCAGAGCGAGAAGCGAGGGAUAUAACGCUAAAAUCAUAGUCUCUGUUUUUCCCUUUGCUCUCGGUUCAUUAUAUCAACCAUUAUCGUUUGUGUAGCCUGGGUACUACUGAUAGUCUGUUUCUGCUUUAGCUAACUUUUCUUGUUUUUCUAAACUGGCAUGACGACGAUGUAGCUUACUUCAAUGGAAAAACGUUUUGGUAUCAGGCUCCUUUUCUUGGACCUCUUUUGUCCAACUUAUUAAUGACCAUGAUGGUUAUUGUAAUAAAAUUAAGUGUACAAAAAUGAA